ACAUAAGCUAAAGAUACUACCUUGUGGUUCAAAAUCCUAAACCCUCGUUGCAAAAAUAACAAUCCAAAACCCUCACCAGAUUAUGCAACGAAGGAGCAAGUUGUUUCUGACAUCGAUGGUGUUUUAAAACAAAAGAGUGAUUUUGAAUGCAUCGAAGAAUACCCUUUCUCUCUCGGUUUCGUCUUCUUCGUCACAAUGAUACUUUCUCUCAUUCCCUUUUCAAGUUCUGUCAUUGCUCCCCAGUCCCUACCGCAAACUCCGACGAAACUGAGAAGCACACCCACUUAUUGAUUUCCAUGAGAAACCUAUGCAGGUCAGGUAAAGUCAAAAACGUUGAUAAAGCUUUGGACUUGUUUAAUGGCAUGACCAAAAUGAAGCCUUUGCCUUCUGUGAAGGCCUUCUCUUUGUUUUUAGGGUUUAUUGUGAGGUUGAAGCAUUACCCCACUGCCAUAUCUUUAGUUAAACACAUGGUUUCUUCUCUAGGCAUAGAAGCUGACACCAUUACUCUUAAUAUUGUCAUCAAUUGUCUUUGCCAUUUGAAGUUGAUAGCUUUUGGGUUCUCUGUCUUGGGUACUAUGUUCAAACGUGGUUUGGAGCCCACUGUGAUGACUCUUACCACUCUCAUUAAUGGGCUUUGUGUGCAAGGCGAUGUGGCUCAGGCAGUGAGGCUGGCUGAUCAUAUGGAAAAAAUGGGGUAUCCCUUAGAUGUUUACUCAUAUGGGGUGGUGAUCAAUGGGUUGUGUAAGAUGGGAGACACUUCGGCGGCAGUUGGGUGGCUAAGGAAGAUUGAGGAAAGAAAUUGGAAAGCUAAUGUGGUAGUUUACAGCACAAUUAUUGAUAGUUUGUGCAAGGAUGGAUUGGUUUCUGAGGCGUUAAAUUUGUUCUCGGAAAUGGGUGGCAAAGGUGUUCGUCCUAAUCUUGUCACUUACACUUGCUUGAUUCAAGGUCUUUGCAAUUUUGGAAGAUGGAAAGAGGCUGGUUCUCUCCUGGAUGAGAUGGUGAAAACGGGGAUGAUGCUGGAUUUGCAAACUCUCAAUAUUUUAGUGGAUGCUUUCUGCAAAGAAGGAAAACUGAUGCAGGCCAAAAGUGUGAUUGGUUUUAUGAUUCUGAUGGGGGAGGAGCCAGAUGUGUUUACCUAUAAUUCAUUGAUUCAUAUAUAUUGUUUGCAAAAUAAAAUGAAUGAGGCCAUGAGAGUAUUUAAUUUAAUGGUUGGCAGGGGCUGUUUACCGGACAUUGUGGUUUUUACAUCACUCAUCCAUGGAUGGUGUAAGGACAAAAACAUUAAUAAGGCUAUGCAUCUGUUGGAUGAAAUGGGUAAGAUGGGAUUUGUUCCUGAUGUUGCAACUUGGACCACUCUUAUAGGUGGGUUUUGUCAAGCAGGUAGACCAAUAGCUGCAAAAGAACUGUUUUUUAGUAUGCACAAAUAUGGUCAAGUUCCCAAUCUCCAGACUUGUGCCGUUAUAUUGGAUGGCCUUUGUAAAGGAAAUCUUCUUGCCGAGGCGGUGUCAUUGGUUGAGGCACUGGAGAAGAGUAAUUUGGAUCUUAAUAUUGUGAUUUAUAGUAUUUUGCUUGACGGAAUGUGCAGUGCUGGAAAACUGAAUGCUGCAUGGGAACUCUUUUCAAGUUUGCCUGCUAAAGGUUUACAAAUUAAUGUUUAUACUUAUACCAUUAUGAUUAAAGGUCUCUGUAAACUAGGGCUGUUGGAUAAAGCUGAAAACUUACUGAUGAGUAUGGAACAGAAUGGCUGCCUGCCAAAUAAUUGCACCUACAACGUCUUUGUUCAAGGCUUGCUGACAAAAAAGGAAAUUGUAAGGUCAAUAAAAUACCUUACAAUAAUGGGAGACAAAGGUUUUUCAGUAGAUGCUGCCACCACAGAAAUGAUUAUCAACUACUUAUCUACUAAUGAAGGAGACACCAGAAUUCGAGAAUUUUUGUUUCCAGAAAGAUAGCACGUUUCAAGACUUUCACUAGACGUUUAUUCAAAUUCAGCCUCUCAAAUUCUCACGCCAUAUUUUUCUUAUUUUGGCAAUGGUUCUACUUCCUUUUAGAAUUUGAAAUUGCUAUUAUUCCUUGACCAUGAAUAAAACUGUAGCUUCUGUGCGGUCAAUCAAGUCCAGGGCUACUGUUGUUUCUGCUCCUGUGUUUCGGUCCACUGAACUUCCAGAAAAAAGGAAGGAGGUAACAAACUGUAUAUUACUUAACUUUGUCUGGAUAGGUUUUCUUAUCUCAAAUUGAUUGUUGCAUAGUCCCUUCCAUAGUUUUAUUCAAAAUUAGAGGAAAAAUACCAAU